CCGUUCGCGCUUGAUUAUUGGUGCUCUUCUUACGACGAGGUAAACAAUUUUCCGCUCUCGUCCCGUAUGAGUUCGCGUGGCCGACAUUAGCGUGGCCAUAGGAUUUUCCAUCUUUUUGUGUGAUUAAAGUUUGUGGACUUUAAAAUGCCACCCAAAAAGCCAGCCCCUGCUCCAUUAGGAGGUGAGAAAAAGAAACCUGCUGCUGCCUCCGCAGGGACAGCAAAGAAAGCAGCCCCCGCAGCUGCUGCUAAAAAACCUGCUGCAGCCGCCCCUGCAGCCAAAAAGCCAGCUGCAGCUGCACCUGCUGCUGCCAAGAAAGCUCCGGCAUCUGCUCCAGCAGCAGGUAAGAAGCCAGCAGCACCAGCAGCUGCCGCCAAGAAGCCAGCAGCACCUGCUGCAGCAGCCAAGAAGCCCGCAGCACCUGCAGCUGGUGCUAAGAAACCAGCAGCACCCGCAGCUGGAGCUAAAAAACCAGCAGCACCAGCUGCCUCUGCUGCCAAGAAGACCGCAGCACCAACUCCAGCCGCUGCAGAAGCCGCUAAGAAAGCAAAGCCUGCCGCAAAACCAGCAGCGCCAGCUGCUGCUGCCAAGAAACCAGAGGCUAAAAAAGCUGAUGGUGCCAAAAAGGCGGCAGCUCCGGCUGCCAAGGCUGCUCCCAAAUCUGACGCCAAGAAACCAGCAGCAGCUGCCUCCGCUCAGAAGAGGCCAGCUGAUGCCAAGUCAGCCAAGGAGCAACCUGCCAAGAAAAAGGCAGCAAUCGUUAAAAAAGCUGCUGCUCCAACUUUGACCAAGGCUGCUGGCAAGCCCAAGAAAGCUGCUCUGAACACGAAAAAGAAGGGUGCGGCUGGAGGUGUGGUGAAGAAGCCAGUUCUAACAGGUGCAAAGAAAACCAAAAUCUUCAUUAAAGGAAAAGGUCGCAAAGUCCCGAAGAUCCACAAACAAUUCUAUCUGGAUUGUACGCAUCCCGCUGAAGACAAAAUUCUAGACAUGGUCAACUUUGAGAAAUACUUGUCUGAAAGGAUAAAAGUAAACAACAAAACCAACAACUAUGGCAAAUUAAUUUCUAUAGACAGGCAAAAAAUGAAAAUCUCUGUCCAGGCCUCUAUUCUCCUUUCAAAGAAGUACUUGAAGUAUCUAACAAAGAAAUACCUUAAAAAGAACAACCUCAGAGACUGGCUAAGAGUUGUCUCAAGCGCGCACGAUACAUAUGAACUUAGAUACUUCCAGAUUAACAACCAAGAUGACGAGGAUGAAGAUAACGAAUAGACUAUUUUUAUUUUUACGAAUUGGACUUUGUUAUCGUUUCUCAAAAAAUAAAUUUUGUACAAUUUAGUAUUCA